AUGAAGUUCAUGGUCCUCGCUUUCUUCUUGGCCUUCAUCAUGGCUGUCCACACUUUCAACUUGAAGGAAUCCUCCGACCACAUGGAAUCUCUUGAGGAGCAGCUGGAGGAGGACCAGGACAAGCAAGCUCAACUCUACGCGAAGAUGUUCGAGGGCAUCCAUGAACUCCAGAAGUAUGCCAAGAAAUCCAGAGCUCGUCGUGGAUCGUGUGGCUUCAAGCUUCUGGAAAAGAUCGCUGAAGUCUGUGGUGAUAUAGCAUCUGGAUCGGAGGUGGACUUGGCUACCAUUUGUUGCUCGAAGCAGUGCCCCAACAGCUUCAUUCAGGCUUCGGCGUGCCCAGAUAAGAAGGCCUAG